UUCUAAUUUCAAUGAUCAAUAUGUAUACUCUUGCUGCACCUACUCCUCAAUACUGGAUUGAUUAUAACAAACGUCAAUAUAGUCUUGUGGAGAAACGUCAGUGUAUUUUGACAAACGUCAACAUGGUCUUGUAG